CCCAACGACCAUGCACAGUUACUGCACGCACACACUCACACUCUCACACAGAGAACCCAACAUGGCUGAAGCUGAGGGAAGCGAGAUAACUUCUGGUGGGAUUUUUCAGGAGAUCUUCACCUCCCCGCUCAACCUGACCCUCCUCAGCCUGUGUUUGUUCCUCCUGUACAAAAUCUUCCGCGGAGACAAACAGCCAGAGCUCGGCGAGGUGGAGAAACCUCUGCCUAAACUGAAGAAGAGAGAUUUUACUCUCGCGGAUCUGAAGCCGUACGAUGGACUGGAGAACCCGAGGAUCCUCAUGGCUGUCAACGGGAAAGUGUUCGACGUGACCCGGGGGAAGAAGUUCUACGGGCCAGAGGGGCCGUAUGGAGUGUUUGCAGGCAGAGAUGCAUCCAGAGGUCUGGCCACGUUCUGCCUGGAGAAGGAAGCCCUAAAAGACGAACACGACGACCUGUCGGACCUGAACGCCAUGCAGCAGGAGAGCCUCUCUGAGUGGGAGACUCAGUUCACAUUUAAGUAUGACUACAUCGGCAAGCUCCUGAAGCCAGGAGAGGAGCCCACAGAGUACACGGACGAUGAGGAAGGAAAAGACGGAAAGGAAGGAAAAGAGAAAAAGGACGACUAGGAAGUGAAAAGUGAUCAAGAGGGGGGAAAUGAUGGAUGCCUUAAUGUUUGUCUGUAUUUUUGAUGCCGAUCCCUGUUAAGGCAGUUCUUCCAUCGUCUGUAUGCAUUCUAGUAUCUUUGGACCAUCACAAACUCUGCAAACUCUGGAUUUCAAACGCAGACUGAAUUCCAUUUAUCUCUGUUAAUCUUUUUUAAAAGUUGGACGGCAUUAACAGUUAAAUAUAUAUUGCGUUCUGAUGUAGAGUUUAGUUACUGUAAACCUAAAUAUGGAUCGGACCAAUUCCAACAUGUGAUGAAGCUGCUGAUGGCUGUACAUACAUAGGUAAGUUGAGGCUAGUCUGAAGAAGGAGAUCAGCUAACCUCACUAACAGCACAUCACGUCAGUUUGGCUGCAAGUCUGUUCACAGCUCUGUUCUGCACUUUGUUAAUGUUGCUGUUGAUGCAUCGCACGUUGUACACAUUUCUUUCAUCCGAGGGUCAGCUCAGCUCACAUUAAAGAAAUUAUCUCAGGAAGUAGUUUCAUUAAAAAUCAAAAAAAAUAUAUUGAGCGUUUGACACCAGAGGGCUGAUUUAAAGUCAAAUUACAGUGUGUGUUUUUAAACCUGGGUCUUGUUCUUAUGAUUGCAUCUGCUCUGGGUCUUUGCUGACUUUGCGCUCGCCACCUUCAUUAUAGAGUUUCAUGAUGCACUCUGAGCUUUCCAAAUGACCUAAAACAAACUGUGAACAGUUUAACAGUCAUGUCAAACGUUUGUCUUUCACUCAAAAACUAGUUUGGUUAACUGAAAAUGUGCAGUUUGCUACAAUAGCUAAUCCAGUGGAUUCAUUUCUGUGUUUACUUUUGUUUGGACUCAGAGACGAGCCUUUAAAUGAUCCACCUAAAAUGAAAGUUUAUUUGAAAAGCUUUGGUAGUCUUUCAUUAUCUGCCCAAAUCUUUACAACGGAGGUGAUGAGCGCGAAGUUUGCAAGGCCCAAAGUCAGAACUGACAGUAUAAAGAAUGGACAACGUGUGUGUGACAUUACCCAGAGCCACUUCGAAGCAGAAUAUGCGGUUCUAGCUGUCGCCAUGUUGGUAUUUCUGCCUCUCCCACCUCACAGUUAAUCUAAAAGUUGGCAAAGACGUUAAUAUAAUUUGAACAGUUGAGUUUAAAAAAUAAUUCUGCCUCAGCACAGUUGUCAUGAAAAUAGCUAGCUUCUGCUGUGAAGAUGGACCUUUUAAUGUGUGCGCUCAUGGAGACUUGUUCUGUUGUCAGAAGUUGUUUGCACUUCUGCAUCAGCUUCGCUUCACAGCCACAGAGGUUGCUUGGGAUGGACACAGUUAUAACAAUAAGACCCAGGCUAGAAAAACUUUGCUUUGCAAUGCAGUUAGCUGAACUGAACACUGAUGAGCUGUUGUAAAGAUUUUUAUACAUUAAAGAUGUCACAUAAACACAGAUGCAGCACGUUCUCUUGAUAAACUGUACCAUCUGUAUAUCCAGCAGUUAUAUCCUGCUUGUUAAAGCCUUUAUUUACCAUUAUGUAAAGUGUGAAAUGGUCCAAAGUCUCUUCUUCAAACUGUAAGAACACAAUGUUUGUUUAACCCAACAAGUGUAUCUGCUGAUCUGAGCUGUCUUGUCCACUGAUAUAUUUGUGAGAUUUUCAGUGUUGGAUAUCUAUGGAGAGCCAUUACUUCUUAACUAAUCCUGAGAUUUUUGCUGCCUUUCUCAGAUUUUCUACUAUUUUAACAGAUGUUUUGAAGCUCACGGUGACAAUCCAGGUUGUUGCAUCCAGCAGCGUGUUUGUGGUGCUGCUGCAGAGGCUGUCUCGAUCUUCAGUGCAGUGAUGUCAAUAUUUUGAUAUUAUGAUAUAUAUAAAUUGAUAUACACAAAAGAUUAUCAUUUAAGUUGUUUAUCGAGAAAAGAUAUAUACACACCAUUCCUCCUCAAGCCUCUCAAAUAUAAAGAUUGUGUACUAUUUACAAUGAUAAUUUGAAUUCUUUUAGAUUGCGGACUUUAGUAACAAGUAAUGGGCAAUUAUUUUU